AUUCAAUAUGCAACGACUUUUAUUAAGCAGUUGUCUAUAUCAAAUAGACUGCUACUCGUGGAAUCAUGACAUGGUGGUUCUAAAAGAGGGUUAACGUUGAGGAAAUUAAGGUAAAGCAUGAAGUGGAUACUCGUCAAAGUACAACAACAUAUAAGAAAUGGAUAUUGUAUGAACGGUUGAUACGGUUCCAGAAAAUAUUGCAGACAAGACAACUGAUCUAAAUUGCUUUAUACUGUGAUGACUGAUACUAUAGAAUGUUGCAUUCCCUGAUGGGUCAUUACUAGCAAUAAGCCUCAACUUGUAAGAUCGGAAUAUAGUUUGUACGUUAGAUGUAGAUCAUGGAGACAUUGUUUUAUUCUUUAUUGGCCAUUGCCUUACUACAGACAGUAGUCAUAAUUCAAGGGAUAACAUCCAGCAAACAGAAUAAAGGCGAUGUGACAAGUGAUCAAAAUGAAGAUGCAGUGUUAGCUAUACUGAGUAACUACACAAAUAUAGAGACGAAACUGCGACCAUAUCACGGAGGCCGAGCAGUUGAAAUAGCAUGCCAAAUCUACGUAGCGGGGUUUGGUUCUAUCAACGAGGUGAACAUGGAUUAUUCAAUCAGUAUCUUUCUACGUCAGCGAUGGCAUGAUCCGAGGCUAGAAUUCUCAGCCGAUCUGGGAGAGUAUCUCACUCUUGGAGCACAAAGUGUAUCUUCAAUGUGGAUCCCAGCAAUAUUCUUCCCAAAUGAAAAAGCUGCAAGUUUUCACGACAUAACUGUCCCAAACAAAGUGAUGAGAAUAUAUCCUAAUGGCACAGUGCAAUAUUCUGUCAGG